GUGUGUUAAGGAAAGAAGUGUUGGAGAUUAGUCAUGGAAAAUGGGGUGUGGUAUUUGUAAUUUAUCUUUGAAAGUCGUGUCUUAUUUGUUUUAGAUCUCCAAGAAAAUUUUCACUUAGCGAUUCAUAAGAUAUGCUACUUAAGAUUCUGAACAAAUUCUUUCAGAAGCCAGCAUUUCCAUCAACUGUCUCUUUGUAUACGAGAAGUUGGUUGUUGCUGCUCUUCCAUGAAGAAGAAUGGCUCAGUAAUCAUAAUACCUUGCAGUUAUUUCUUCAUUCUUUGUUCCUCAGAUGUAGGUCUUCUUGCCAUUUGCCACAAUAUAGGCGUUAUACAUCCCUUUCUUAUGACAGACUCCGAUGUACUUUGAUCUCAUAUUUAGACCUUCAGUCCGGGCAGUUUGGCAUUUCGCAGAAGCCUUAAUGAUAACCUCUUCUGGAUUAGAUAUGUUUUCUAUUUCUUGAAAGAUCUUAGAACCUAAAUUUAUUGAUAAUUUUAAGAAAUAGAAAGCUUAUGAAAAUGGACAACUUGGAAUGUUUGUUAAACUCAGUCAUAAAGAAAAACUAAUCAAGAAUAUUCACCUGAUCCGAGGGAAGAAAGUCUUUGGAGAACUCUAUUCCUUCUGUUCUGUUUCCUCGGCAAAUCAGUAAGUCUGACCUUCUUGAGUUGUGUUUCUGAGUUCGAGAAUUCAGCAUUUGCUUCUUUAUAGCUUCUAAUUCGCUUUGUUCUUGGUAAGCAAGGCUCUUGUUUCUUUUUCGUAGCAUUUGUAUUUAUCUGAGUCUUUGUUAAAGACCUUCCAGGACUUAGCAGACUUCAUUGACAAUAAGCACUGAUAUCAGGAAUCUGUUGAAGCUUCUGAAUAAUAGGAAACAUCUGAGGUGUGAUAAUAG